CGGGGCAGCCAUGCCAGGCCGCCUGCUGCGGGGCCUGUGGCAGCGAUGGGGCCGUUACAAGUACCGCUUCGUACCCUGGAUCGCGAUGAACCUCAACCAUAACCCUAGGACCCUCCGAUAUGUUCCAGAGGAAUCCAAAGACAAAGUAAUAUCAGAUGAAGAGGUCUUAGGAUCAUUACUGAAAGUUUUCCAGGCACUGUUCUUAAAUGAUUUCCAUAAACAAUCAGAUAUCUUGACUGUGCUUCCAGAAACUGUUCAACUGAAAUAUCAAGACUUAGCGGCAGUUCAGCAUCAAAGAGUGAACCUGCUUGAAAACAGAGAUCAACAGCAAAAUAUCUUUAAAGCAGAAGAAGUUCUUUAUCAGACUUUGGGGUUCAAUGUUGCCCGAGCAGCUAGCUCAUUGAUAACGGCUGGAAAAGGUGUCUUCGUUACUAAAGGCUUUGUGCCAAAAGGCGCGGUUGUUUCUAUGUAUCCUGGUACAGUUUAUCAGAAGUAUGAGCCGGUCUUUUUCCAGUCCAUUGGAAAUCCAUUUAUUUUUAGAUGCCUGGACGGGGUGCUCAUUGAUGGAAAUGACAAAGGGAUAUCAAAAGUUGUGUACAGAUCUUGUACUGGAAGGGACCGGCUUGGCCCUUUAGAAAUGAGUGACAGUACAUGGCUGACUUCAGAGCUGCAUAACCCGUUGGCCCUCGGACAGUAUGUUAACAAUUGUUCAAAUGAGAAAGCAGCCAAUGUCUGUUAUCAGGAAUUUGAUGUGCCUGCAGUUUUUCCUGUAGAACUGAAGCAGUAUCUUCCAAACAUUGCCUACAGUUACGACAAACAAAGCCCACUUCGAUGUGUCAUUCUUGUUGCACUCAGGGACAUCAAGCAAGGAGAAGAGCUGUUUUCAAAUUACUACACAAUUGUCAGCUAACUCUGUCAGUCAGAAAUUAGGGUUUUUAUUCAGCUAUGGGGUUACUAAUUGUGUUUCUUUCAGUCAUUUCUCUGAGUUCCAUCUGUAAAACAGUUGCUUUGAGAUCUAAUUAGAAUAGGGAUUUUUAAUGUUUUAUUGAUAUUUGUGUCUGUUCCAUGAUAAAAGCCAUUUGCUUCAUUACAGUUCCAAAAUUGCAAUGCAGUUUCCAUUUUAAUUGGUUUUCACUUAAAUUCACGGUAACUGAUUAAAUUACGACCCACUUCCUAACCGUACCAUUUCAGUUCUUUUACUUAUUUUCUAUGUGGUUUAUACGAUGUUAGUGAAUCCAGCAACAUCAGCCCCGUUGAUAAAUACCAACUGCUGUAAACACUUUGUUCUUUUUUUUCUUCACUUUGUUCUUACAUGAUAAAGUUUUAAAAAAUCUA